GCGCAGUUUGUACCGUGGUUUCGGUUGAGCAUUCUUGGCAACGUCUCGCUCGGAGAACAGGCUGCAGACUGACGGUGAACCAACGACUGUUUCCCCCCCGACGUCCAGGGAGUUGUGAUUAACGGACUAACAGAACACACCGGAGCGGGUUUUAGACUAAAGUACAGAGCUUCCUCUGCCUGCACAGUCACACCAAACCUUUCACUAAUUGCUUUACCUUCACAACUGAAGGCAGAAAAGAAAGCUGAGAAUAAUCCUAAAGGAAGAGGAUCCAGACUUGUUCCAUCAUGCACCACUGAAUUUUCUCCAUCUCCCCACUAAAAGCAAUGUUUCUGGGAGCUAGAGGCCACAGCAGAGUGUGUGUGGGGCCCCUCCCAUCCUGAGAUGGGAUGCCAGAAGCCUUCCCACCGGCCCUGAGCUCUCCCGGGGCGUCAUGAACACCUACAGAGACAGGGGGGUAACCUGCGUCUCCUCAGACCUUCUGGACGGAGGCGGAGGGUUACCCCAAAACUCUCCACUUUGUCACACCCCCAAUGGCCACCCCACAGAACCAGCAGCACAACCUCGCAUCUCUGUGCCCAAAAUGGGUGUUCGUGCACGGAUCGCCGAAUGGCCUCCCCGUCGCGCGCAGUCCCGGGAGUCGCUGCUCGAAAACGGGCAAAACGGGAGCAAUCACUACGACGACUGCUCCGUCUCAUCGUCUGUUUUGUUAUCCGACGGCAGGCUGGUGCGAGGAGGGCUCGCCAGGCUGCCCUGCAGAUGGUCGAAGGACGUGGAGUUCAGAGGCGGGGGGUUCGUCGGUGACAGAGGUUCGCCUCUCAGUCUAAGAGUCUUCCCACCACUGAGACAGCGCUCCAACAGUGAAGUAACGCUCAGCGAGCAGGAUGAAAAUGAGGUGGAGGCUCGAGGUGGCGGUGGGUUUGGAAACCGGUUCCGAGUAUACGGCAGCACCUCUUCCAUCGACAUCCAGGGCAUUCCCGAGCAAGGCUUCUUUGAAAUGCUCAGCCAGUUCCAGCAGGAGAGACCUGACCAGCGCAGCUUAGCUCCCGCACAACUCGGAGAGCUGCUGCGAGUUCCGGACCCGUCCUCGAAGACUCCUUUCCCCUCCGCUCCCUUCCCCGCUCCCACAGGUGGGGAUGACAAAGGAACGGGGAGGAAGGACGGUACGGAGAGAACGAGGAAGAAAAGUGGUGGGACGGAGUCUGCGCUGGGUACUUCCUCUCUGUUCAGGAAGCUCCGGAGCUCCAGUCGGGGGGAACUGGACGGAGGAAAGGGAGAGGCUAACGAGGACAGGGGAGGCAGAAGCUCUACAGAUGCCUCUUAUAAACCCUGGGUGUGUCCAAAGAGCUUUGUCCACUUUGAUGCUCAGAGCGUCCUGUUCGACCUCCACGAGGCAGCAUCUCAGCGCGGCUUUUCUACUCAGCGGAGGAACACCGCCACCGGAGCAUCGGCUGCUUCGUCCUUGUCUGGCUCCAGAUUAUCAGCUCCGAACCUGAACGACCCCAUUUACUCGAGCAUUGAGGAUCUGACCCUUAAUCACGAUCAGAGCUCCACAGUCCCCUCCCUACCUGCAGACCCUCUGGAUGGGCCUGCAGCGCACACUUCAAGCCCACUGCUCCUCUCCUGUCCCCACUUCCUCAAUGAGAUAGGUGGGCAUAGGGAGAGAAACGUGAGCUUCCUCAGCUCCUCAGCAGAACGAGAAGAUGGAGAUGGAGGAAGAGGGUGGCUGAGGAAGAGUAAUGCCAGCAUGUCUGUGCUGGAGAUCCCCAUUGAAGAGCAGGAGAUGAGGCUGGAAAGACUGAAACUAUACGGCAUAGAGCAUGUAGACCUGGGGGCCUGCUACUACAGAGACUACUUCCAUGGGAAAGACCACUCCAACUACUUCGGGACGGACGAUAAGCUGGGCCCCGUGGCCGUGAGCAUUCGCAGGGAGAAAGUGGAGGAUACCAAAGACCACAAAGACCAGUACCAGUACCGCAUAAUCGUCAGGACCAGUGAGCUCGUGACCCUGCGUGGCUCCAUCUUGGAAGACGCGGUGGCGUCGACAGGGAAACACGGCACUGUCCGAGGUCUUCCGCUCAAGGACGUGCUGGAGCAGGUCGUUCCUGAGCUCAACGUCUCUUGUCUGAGACUGGCGCUCAGCACGGCCAAAGUCACAGAACAGCUCCUCAAACUGGACGAACAGGGGCUGAGUCACAAGCACAAAGUGGGUGUUCUGCUGUGUCGUGCGGGCCAGAGUACAGAGGAGGAGAUGUACAACAACGAGGAGGCAUCGCCCGCCUUCUCUGCCUUCCUGGAGCUGCUGGGGGAGCAGGUGCUCCUCAAAGGAUUCUCGAAAUACGCUGCACAGCUCGACACAAAAACUGACUCGACAGGCACCCACUCCCUUUACACCACCUACCAGGGUUAUGAGGUGAUGUUCCACGUGUCCACCAUGCUGCCAUACAUGCCCAACAACCCACAGCAGCUCCUGAGAAAGAGGCACAUAGGUAACGACAUUGUCACCAUAAUCUUUCAAGAGCCUGGAGCGCAGCCUUUCACACCCCAGAACAUCAGGUCCCACUUCCAGCACGUCUUCGUUAUUGUUCGGGUGCACAACCCCUGCUCCGACAGCACCUACUACAGUGUUGCUGUAACACGGAUGGAAGACGUUCCCUCUUUUGGACCACCCAUCCCCACCGGAGUCACCUUUCGUGACCCGGAGAACUUUCGUAACUUCCUCCUCGCCAAAGUCAUUAAUGCGGAAAACGCUGCGCACAAGUCCGACAAGUUCCACACCAUGGCGACGCGGACUCGGCAGGAGUACCUCCGGGACCUGGCCGAGAACUACGUCAGCAGCACGCCGCUGGACUCGGCUGGGAAACUGAACAACCUCAUCUCCCUCGCGUCUAAGAAACGUGAACGCUCGAAAGCGAGAGAGAGAGCGGAGCUGGACGCAGACGGGGCCGUCGCCUGGAGAGUCCUGGCCCAGGACUUCAGCGGAGGGGCCGCAGAGCUACCCUGCGCCUUGGGAAUAUCAGACGAAUACGUGGUCCUCAUCGACUGCUCCACCAAAGAGGUGGUGUUCAAUUGUUUCUGUAGUGAUGUAAUCGGCUGGACGCUGGAGCGGCUGGCGUUGAAGAUCUUUUAUGGGAGAGGAGACCACAUUGCGGUCCGAGUACCAGAAGGAUCUGGACACGACGUCACAGAGAUGGUGCAGAGGUUAAAGAUGUUGACAGUCGGGUGUGAGACGGUGGACAUGACGCUAAGAAGAAACGGACUGGGACAGCUGGGCUUUCACGUCCGUCUGGACGGCACCGUCUCCGAGGUGGAGGAGUACGGCUUCGCCUGGCAGGCGGGCCUGAGGCAGGGCAGCCGUCUGGUGGAGAUCUGCAAGGUGGCCGCCGUGACGCUCACUCACGAGCAGAUGAUCGACCUGCUGAGGACGUCGGUCACCGUCAAAGUGGUCAUCAUUCCUCCGUACGAAGAGGGCAAACCUCGCAGGGGCUGCACAGAGGAGUACGAGAUGAAGACCAUGGAGCAGAAGCCUGAGCCUGAGCCUCUGGCAGCCGGAUACCGACCUUCUCUCCACCAAACGUGGCGAUGGGAGAGCUCACCCGUUCCUGCGGGGCUCCUGAAUGCUCCCAACCUGCCUCGCUGGGGACCCAUGGGCCCCCUGCCUCCUCCUCUGGCCCGCUCACACAAACCCCUGAUGCCAGUUCCCUACAGAGAGCCACAGCACUUCAACUCCAAGAGGCCUGUAAGUUACCCAGAGAACCACUACAACCUGUCUCCUGCAGAAGGCGACAGAGUCCUUCCCUACAGAAACCCCUCCGCCAGCUUCUCGUCGCCCUCCACGGGGCUGGUUGCCCUCUCCAUCAUGGGCUCUCCUGGAAUGACUCCAGGAUCUUUUGUACGCUACAAGCCGUCACCCGACAGGUUUGGAUCAGUACCGCGCCCCCUGCUGCCCUAUGAACCGCACUUCAGUGUGGACGUCACUUCUAGCGGAGAGUCUUCCUCAGGGUUCAUCAGUCAGGAGAGCACAAUGGAGCGCUGCAAAACAGAGCCUCUCUGGCAUGUCCCAGCAUCAUCGUCUCGAGGACCAGGUGGCGGAGGGGGGCAGAGGAGAAUAACCAGACAGGACGUCCCGGCCAAAGACUCUCCAAACAGACACUCCAAGGGCGAGGCUCAGUACUCCAGCCACUCCAGCAGCAACACGUUGUCCAGCAACGCGUCCAGCAGCCACAGCGACGAGCGCUGGUUUGACGGCGGACCUGGAGGAGAGCGGGUAGGCGGCGGGUUUCUCGGCGACCCGGUCGAUCCGGACCCAGACCUUCUCAACCAGGGGGGCUCCAAUGACAGCGGCAUCGACGCCUCCACGCACUACAACAGCAGCCACCGCGGACACAAGACCGGCAGCCAGGCUCACAAACCCAUGCACCCCUCGGCGACCUACAGCGGCUUUCUGGAGCUGUCCUCGGGAAGGAGCAACAGCGGAGAGUCCAGGAGACGGGAGUCUUCACCCAUUAUGCCAGGCGCUGCCCAUCAGAACAAAGGGUACCCGACCAAAACGUUCCCGCCUCCCAGCUCCAGCGCUGGAAAAAUGGACGCUUUCAAACCAAGGGCCUUCACACCGCAGGGCUUGAAGACGCCGGCAGCGGAGAAAGCGCGGCCCGUCCGAGCUUCUACGACGACGCCCACCUCGGGUCAGAUGGGCUCCACCGCUUUGUCUAGUUCCGCCCCCAAGGAGUUUUAUGGGAAGAGCAAAUCAAGAAGUCGUCAGACAGAAGAGACCAGUGCAUCGUCUGCAAACACAACCGACACUUCCAAUUCUGAGAGCAACAACAAGAACAGGCUGGUGGAUACGAAUUCAAAGAACGUGUUUGGGCAGCCUCGGCUCCGAGCGUCGCUGAGGGACCUCCGGUCUCCACGUCGGACGUACAAGAGCACCAUCGAAGACGACCUGAAGAAACUGAUCAUCAUGGACUACCCCGGAGAGACGCCACCGUCCGACCCGUCUCCCAGACACACCCUGCAGCGCACCUUUUCAGACGAGUCCCUGUGCAGCGGGCGCCGAGACACCGCCUUCGCCUGCUCCGAGAACCAAACCACCUCCAGCGACGUGCUGUUCACCUGCACGCUGCCCACACGCAAACACUCGAGCUCCUCCAACAACUCCAACCACUCGCACAGCAAGAAGAUGCCGCUGUCCGCGUCGGAGUUGUCCCUGACGGAAGUGAGAGACAAAGUUCCUCCUCUAAGGAGGCUCGACCCGGGGCUGAUGCCGCUUCCCGACACGGCCAGUGGACUGGAGUGGUCCAGCCUGGUCAACGCCGCAAAAGCCUUUGAAGCGCAAAGAGCCGUCUCCCUGUUCUCACUGAACGAACCGCAGCUUGGAGGUCCGGAAGCGAGACCGACCGCCAGUCCGGUUCAGUUCAACACUCCUCAGACGCCGCGGACCACACCGACGUUCAGCGGAGAUGAGGUGCCCAACGACCUGUCGGGUCGGCUCUACCAGCUUGAGGUGAUGCUAAAACAGCUGAACAAUGAUCUGGAGAAGGAGAAGCAGGAUAAAGUCGUCCUGCUGGCAGAGGUGGCGAACCUGAGAGAAAACAACCAGCGGCUGCAGGAGGAGAGUCUAACGGCCAGCGAGCAGCUGCGCAAGUUCAACGUGCUUUUCACCAACCUCAAGACCGGAAGUGACCAUGAGACUCAGCCUGUGACGCAGGACGCCAGCUCCCAGCGGGAGUGACGGACCGGAACCAGACGGGAGGGGCGUGGGCGGGUAUAUUUAGCUACCCAGUGGGACUGCCUUAAACCAGAGACCAUAAGAACAGACCACCUGGACUUGUAAACAUACUGCUCUCCCAGAGAGUCUGCACCUGUGUGUACUCUGAGCCCGUUUAUUUUUCUAAACUGAAGUGAAAACAUCUCAUUGGACUCGUGAUGCUACUAUGCCGGAGGAGCAAGCAGGAGAAGACUGUUUUAGAGAACACUACGUCACCUGGAGAGGCCUAAUACUGUUUCUGCAGCAAAUCAGCCAAAAAAAAAAAAAAAAAAACAACCAGAGACACUGCAUCUCCCAGAAUGCACUACACAUUGUGGAAGCUGUACAGGUAUGAUUAUACAGGCGCCUGUGCGGUACGAUUCUCAUCAUCAACGUCAAACUAAUAUACUAAAGAGCGAGGUGUGAGUAUGGUGUUAAACUCCUUAAUGCAUCUGGCAUUUAAUCCCUCUAAUGUGUGUGAGUGUGAGUGUGUGUGUGAAAAGUGACAAACUUGUUUACUGUAAUAUAAACCGUUCAGGCUCUGUUCUCCGUUAACGAGGAUGUACUGUGGCUCUCAGAUGUGAACCGAACCCCCGUCGUCGUUCUGAUCUGGGAUGAUGUCAUGAAACUAAACUCAGUGAAACAAUAGCAUCGUAUCUUCUAGGUUUGACUCCCUGCUUCGGCAGAACCUGAUCAUCUCGGAUCCAGACCCUCUGGAUCUUUGUUUUGACCUCAGUUACUACAGUCUGUCUCAUAAAGAACAGCCAUGACAUUUUGAGAGUUACGCUUUCAUUUGGAGACCCGAUCUAUAGCGAUGAAUACGAUUAGGUUUUGUCAUUUUAUAAAUAAGAUAAGUUGACUAUUAAUUAUUUCACUUUUAGUUCUAUUUUAAAGGGGGAGGUGUUAUGUAAAAUUAUCUUUUUUUUAACGUUAUAUCAUCAUGUUUUUCCCUCAACAAAAACAUGCCCAAAGUGUUGCUUUAAUUCUUUCGUGCAUGUUCUAUGAAACCUUGAAUCUGAUGGCAGCUGUUCAGGGUGUCUAUAAGAGCUUGGUUUGACAAAAGCUCCGCCCAUUUCCACAUAGCUCCGCCCAUUUCCACAGAGCUCCUCCUUGGAGCUGCACUCACCAGCCGAGCUUCAGCCUCCUAAGAGCGGCAUAAUGAGGAGCACUGUUGUGAUGACGUGCUGAAGGCGGAGUGUCGGGAAGAGUAGCAGCUUCUUAAAGAGACAAUGGCCCAGUAAGAACUGGGCCACUCUGUUGUACUAUAAAAUGGCAGUAUGUGCCUGGAAAAUACAUAAUGGCUCCCUUUAAAUUUUCAAGCCAGUAAAUGUUGAAUACGAUUAAAAAGCAGAUGGCUAUUUUUUAAGGGAAAAUCUCCUUGUGACUUCUCAGGAGACAAAAUGAGCCCAAUCCCUCAAAAUGUCAACCUGUCCCUUUAAUUUAUUUGUCAAUAUGAAGCUCUGUCGCCCUGGACAUGUACUGGCAGGAAGCAUCUACUGCACGUGAAAAUUCACUGAACAACACUAUGUGUGAACAGGUGCCUCUCAGUAAACUAAGAUAUCAUCAAAAAGUUCAUUUAAAACAGUGAUCUCCUUUAAAAAACGAUGUUUAUUACUCAGAGUGAUAUAUUCUAUUCCUGACAGAUUUCAUGGAUGCAACAUAAAGCUAAUAAAAAAAAAUCUAAGUCUGUGUCAAAGAAUUCCAAAAAUAACAAUUAAAAAAAGAUUAAGGCGAUUUUAAUUUCAAAACGUUUUCUCCUGGCUGCAGUCAUCGUCUGUAGGAUGCCCGAGUGCUGUAUUCUAGUGUAGAAAUACAAAGUUAAGUGGAAGAAAAAAGUGUGGAAGACAAACAUGUCUGAGUUUCACUUUUUGAAAUUUAACAAAAUUCUAAUUUACUGAGAGGCCUCGUUUGUGUGUGUGACCCCCCCUCCAAAUGCUACAAUGAACCCAAAUAAAAAAAAACAAACACUUUAUACACCCAGCCUCCCUAAUAUUGUCUACUAUAGCUAUUUUCCUACAGAAAAGUGUGUUUUUAGGAUCCCUGGUACUUUAUGGACAAUAUAUCCUGGCAGAGGAUAAAUCCGAGAUAUUUCUGAUGAAAACGUAUCUGUACUUCUUUACUGAAUUUUCCAACCCUCUCAGGUUCUUUGAUGCUGUUUAGCGCUACAUCUCCACCAUCAGAGACGAUAUGCUGCUGUUUAUACUGUUUUAGGCGUCCCUUUAAUAUUUCUGGGUUGAAGGACUUUUUAAAGGCGGCAUUGGAGCCGACCGGUCUGGAAUAAUAGCUUAGUUUGUUUGCAUAUAAUCUACAAAUUUAAGGGCAAAUACGGACUUGUUUAUCAACAGCUUACUAAUUAUUCUCCGUGAGAUGACAAAGUGCAAAGGCUGUGAUAAUUUAGUAGGUUUCACAUCUUUCUCGCCCACUCGCUGUUUGAAACAUGACUUGAAAUGAGACAAAAGGUUUUCCUUCUGCUUGUCUGUUGUGUAGAAGUACAGCUUCAGCUCUGAUGGUUCAACGCUUUGACCGGUCAGAUAGCGGCCAUUUUGGCCUGGAAGGAGCUUCAGCCCUCAUGUCUUAUUGUUGUAGUGAAGGACACCAUCCUGUAGAAAACUUUUUUUUUUUUUCAGCUUUGUGGGUGUUGCCCUAAUUUUAGUCUUAAUUUCCUGUUUGCUUUUGUAAAACGGUUGCAGUUUCUUACUUUCUCUAUAUAUAUAUAUAUAUAUAUAUAUAUAUAUAUAUAUAUAUAUAUAUAUAUAUAUAUUAACAAAUAUAAAUCAUGCUAUGAAUCAUUUUUAAGCUAUUUAAAGCAUACACAACUCCCCAACCCAUGUUGAACAAGGCAGUGAUGCAUCAUUCUUAUUGGUAAUUUUGUUUUAAUGUUAAAUAUUUUUGUAAUUUAUUUUUUAACCCGUUGCCCACUGUUGCAGAAUAGUGAGGAGAGAAGGUACUGUGUUUUAAACGUGCUGUUUUACCUCUGAUUUCUGUUCAUAGCUGAUUUGUUUGAUGCCUCUGGGCAUCAGGGGUUCUUUCAGCCUAAACAAAGCCUUCUGGAUUUCUUUGUAAUAACGUGUAAAUUGUAAAUUAUGUUUUCAUUAUUUUAUAAAAAAAAAAAUUAAACUAUAUGAACACUU